GCAGCAGCAACCCCUCAACAGCAACAUUGUACCCAUCAGUGUCAAAAUGCCAUACUACCAGGCUGGAAUACAACUGGAAAAAAAUGACUUUCACAUCAAGCUCCACACAAAGGUUGGCAUCACUGUCAUGUGGUACAACAAUGCAGUCAUGGUGGAAAUUGGUGAUGAAUACAUUAAUCGCACUUGUGCACUUUGUGGAAAUUUCAAUGGCAAUUCAAACUACAAUGACUUCAGUGAUGAAGGUCAACAAAUCAGCCCCAUGAAGUUUGGCAAGAAAUGGAGAACCCCUCGUCCAAAUGAUAACUGUGAGGACCCCAAUGAAGAGGCAGAUACAUCACUGGAGACUGAGAAUGUGACAGAGGAGUGCGAGGAGUUUGAAAACAUCUGCAAAGACUUCUUUGAAGAUAAAUCCUGGAGCUCCUGCACCGAUCAGAUUGACCCUGAGACUUACAUUAAAGCCCGUAUGCAGGAUAUGUGCCGCUGUAGCAAUACAAAUGACUCCUGUGUCUGCAGCACAUACUCUGAGUUCUCUCGACAGUGCUCCCAUGCUGGGGGAAUACCUCCCAACUGGAGGACUCCCGAGUUGUGUGCUAAACACUGUCCGCCCACCAUGGUAUAUGAUGAGUAUGGGUCUCCUUGCAUCGAUACCUGCAGAUUCCCAGACACAAGUUUACUUUGUGAAGAUCAAAACAUAGACGGCUGCUUCUGUCCUCCUGGAACUGUGUUUAAUGAUGUUUCCAUGAGGGGGUGUAUUCCUCUUUCUGAAUGUCCGUGCAAACGUGACAAAAUCUAUGAGUCCAAUGAGGUUUACCAAGAGGAGGGAAAAAACUGUACAUGCUUUGCAGGUAAAUGGUCUUGUGAGAGUCUUCAAAUGCAUGCUACAUGUUCAGUUGAAGAGGUUCAUACAACCACCUUUGAUGGGAAAGACUUCAACUUCCAUGGGGACUGUUUCUACACUCUGGCUAAAGUGGAAAGCAAGGAUUAUGUGAGUCCAAAUUUUACCAUUCUGGUCCAUUUGACACAAUGUGCAAAUCAAGAAUACGACACUUGUCUCAAGACCUUGAAAAUUCAGCUGAACAGUGACAAAAACAAUGCCAUCAUUUUCACCUCUGAAGGCAGAGUGAAGAUGAAGAAUGGACAGGAGGACAUUUUGCCUUAUGACUCAGGAGACAUCAGUAUAUUCCAUGCUUCGUCCUUUCACAUCAUGCUCCAGACAAGUUUUGGUUUACAAAUUCAGAUCCAGCAUGUGCCUCUGAUGCAAGUCUAUGUCAGUCUGGAGCAGAGCUACAGAGAAAAGACACGUGGUUUAUGUGGGAAUUACAACAUGAUGCUAUCUGAUGACAUGAAGGGGAUGGUGGAGGGAAAAGAAGCAACUUCUAGUAAUUCUUGGAAAACUGACUAUACAUGCAAAGAUGGACAAGGACGACUUGAUGACCCUUGCUCUCUUAGCAUGGAAAAUGAAAAGUAUGCCAAGCACUGGUGCGCCUUGCUACGACAGUCAAAUAGUACCUUUGCACGGUGCCAUUCUGUGAUGGAUCCUGAGAUUUACUACAAGCGAUGUAUUCAUGCUAGCUGUAACUGUGAGAAGACCGAGGACUGCCUGUGUGCUGUCUUCUCCUCCUAUGCAAGAGCUUGUGCAUCAAAGGGAGUGUUCUUGACAGACUGGAGAAAGGAUGCAUGCAACAAACACACUAAGAACUGCCCAGCAUCUCAGACCUUCUCUUACAUACAUCAGAGAUGCCAGCUGACUUGCAGAUCACUGAGCUCAAAGGAGCAGAGCUGCACCUCUGACUUCUUGCCCGCGGAUGGCUGUUCCUGUGCUGAGGAUCAUUACCUACAUGACAACAACAUGUGUGUUCCCAAAGCAAAGUGUCCCUGUUAUCAUAAUGAAGAAACCACUGAACCAGAGAAGACCAUCAGCAUCAGAGAUGACCAUUGCGUGUGGACUGAUGGAGUUCUUCAUUGCGAUCCUCGGGCAGCUGGCUCUUUAACAUGCCCUUCUCCAAAAAAAUACUUCAACUGCUCCAUUGCAGAUGUAGGAGAUGUUGGACUGCAGUGUGCUCGAACUUGUUUAAAUCUUGACAAUGAAUGUGAUGCCACUGAGUGUAAAUCUGGCUGUCUCUGUCCCAGAGGCCUUGUCAAUGAUGGUAAAGGUUCCUGUGUAAAAGAAAAUCAAUGUCCAUGUCAGCAUGGCGAGAAACUUUAUUCCAGUGGAGACAAAAUUGAUGUGAAAUGCAACACCUGUACCUGCAGAAGUGGCAAAUGGGAAUGCACAAGCAAUAAAUGUCCAGGAACAUGCAUUAUUACUGGAAGUAGACACUACAUUACAUGUGAUCAGAAAGCAUAUGAGUUUCAAGGACUGUGUCCCUAUGUUGCUGUCAUGAAUAACUGUGACAAUAAAACAGCUGAAGAGAACUUUAGAAUUAUCAUAGAAAAUGAGAUGUGUGAAUCUUCAAACACCAUAUGUUCCCGAAAGAUCAAGAUCCAGCUGGGGAGAAAGGAAAUCAUACUAUCAAAGGAUAAAUAUGAAGAGGAUGAAAGUUUUCAAAAUGAUAAUGAGAUCUGGUACACCAAAAGAAAGUUUGGUUUCCAUCUGUUCAUCCAAUUUAACAUUGGUCUGACAUUUGUAUGGGAUCACAAAACAAAUCUUCACAUCCAUCUGGAACCACAGCACAGUGUAAGUCAAAGUUUAACUGAAGACUAAAUUUUUUCUAUGGAAAAUAUUCAUGCAGCAUAUGUUUAUAUAUAUCUAAUUAAAUGUAUUAUAUGAAAGUAUUACAAAUGCAGAUUUGUGUCUGAUUUGUGUAAUGUUUCAACAUUGCAAGUUAUAGAUUUGUAUAUUUUCUUUGAUACAUUAAAUUGCCUUAAAAACA